UUUAAAAAAAUAUCUGGUAUUCAUAGGCUGUUUUUUUGUGCCAGUAAUGUCGACUGGGCUUACUUCAUGCCUGAGAAACUGUCUGUUGAAGUUUAGUUUGAGUUGGCAGUUUGAGUUUAGGUUUGGCCCCUGCUAAAGAGACUUUUAAACGUUUCUAAAUUAUUCCCAGGGGCACUGUUUAAAACAAAAGCUGUAAAGUUAAUGGUCAGCACUCUUUCUGACCAUUUGACGGAAACAACAAACGAGGUCUACGUGCGAGACGUGUCCCCCAUGUCAUUCACAGGAAUCGAUCUUUCAACAAUUGUACAGUCAUCGUCUUUUCCUGUGGGUUUCGUGUGAAAUUUCUGUUGGGCGGAUCUUUCUUUAUCGUUUAGUGGGAUUUGUGUGGCAAUCUUUACUUUACCUUUAAAAUGACUAACAAAUAGAGGAGUAAAAAAAUAAAGAGUAGAAAGAGCAGGAACUUCUGCGCGUAUGCAGGAUGGGGGUCGGGCUGUUACUGCAAUACCGGCAGAGGGGGCUUUGCCUCAUCAUCAAAGGGAUCAGCAGUGUUACCAGGCAAGGCAGAAUGCUGAGGACGUGAGCUGAAUCGUCAUUGGUGGAAAAAUACGAUGGGCGGGGUGUUCUUUUCGUGGGUAUUUAAGGCUUUGUUCCAUUGUUGCAGAGGUCUUCCAGCUGGUCUGGUUCAAGGGACGGGGCCACCAUCCGAGGAUACAAUAGCACUUUUAAAUUUUUUUUAUUUUUAAGGAUGUCUUGCAAUCAGUCUCUGGAUGGUAGUUUUCCUCCAUCUCCAUCGGAGGACAGGGGCUCACAGCGGCUGUCCUGGAGCAGUUUGCUCCACAAGCUGACAGAGCUGAAGGGACACAAUCAGAGGGCGACAGAAGAUCAGUACUGCAGGAGUGAAUCUGGAUCUAUGACAGAUUUGUCAGAGUUAGACAUCAGCUCCUUCUUCUAUCCUCUGGAGGAGACCUUGGCUGCAGACGUUGUGACUGCCAUUGCACAUAGUCUCAGUGAUGCAUCGCACACCAGCUUGGAUUGCUCCAAACUCAUCCUCCCUGACUGCCUGCUACACAAUAUCAGCCAAGAGCUGCUCCACUUGGCCGCGAUAGAGCCUUGUGGUCUCAGGGGAGCACUCAUCGACCUGUGCGUUGACAUGGGGGAACAGGACUCCCCAUGUACUGUGGAUCAAAUAGCAGUAGAUCCAUCCCUUGUCCCAACUUUCCAUGUGACACUGGUGCUGAGGGUGGAGUCCAGUGGACUGUGGCCAAAAGUUCAGAAGCUCUUCAAAAGUAGCAAACCAGCACAGACAUCCUCAUCGUCUCCGAAGCACCACGACACCCUGAAGCUGAGCACGAGUUUCAGGGCUAUCAAGAGGAAACUGUACAGUUCAGCCGCACUGCUGGUUGAGGAGUGCUGAUUGCUGCGCACUCCUGUCUCUGAUAAGCUGAACUCUAAAGAAACUGUAACGAAGCUGCUAAUUAAUGCAAAGUCUUAACAAAAGCACUGCCGAGACAUAACAAUGAUGACCUGUCUGUGAUGAUGUAUGACGGGGUUAAUACUGAACUACCUUUGUCUCAUAGCAGCUACUCAUGUGGGUGCAGUGAAGAUUAGUGUUUGCACAUGGGUCAGUUUCAUUCCUGUGAAUGUGAAGCCACACCUAUAAGGGAAUGCCUUAUGUAUGUGACAUUUAAAUAUACCAACGGACACUUGUUUUGUAUUUUUUUUAACAU